GCACCAAGAAGUAGAGGUAGUAGGACGUGUAACGAAGAGCUGCCAGACUGAGGCAUAUCGGUCUUCAUCCGAGUCGCGGUCACGUGAACUCAAAAUCACAAUUGGAUAGUCUGAGACUUGCCAAGUAUCACUACCCACGAGCGAGUAGUAAGUACCCUCGCACUGAGCGCUCUAGUACUAUGCGAUUUGCUUGCAUGGCUGCUGGACGUAUCUGGAACGCAUCAAAUCGGUAAGACCGCAUUCCUUGUGGCGCCUGUGCUUCCUGUGUCCUCAGGCUCGCUUCAAGUUUCCACCAGAAGUGCCGGCAUGUUUCGAGUAUCUCAGUUACUAGGUCAGGCAAGGAUCAAAUAGCACUAGUCUGAAUUACAAGGUUCCGCAGCAAGCAUGGGGCAGCUCUUCAGUGCGACUCCUGGUUUUGGCCCAGCCAUCGUGCAGCUAGCUCACUUGUUAUCCGUGAUGCCAGUGAUUCGCAUAGUAUCGAGCUUGGAUGACUUGGUUGAUGACAUUCUCCUGCAGAUCCUCCACGCCUUAUCUGUGCGCGAAAUAUUGACACUGAGACUGACCUCCAAACGUUACUAUUUCCUGUCUAAACUUCGCAGCGUUUGGUAUGCGGCAUUCUGCACGGAAGUACUGGCCCGGAACCUUCCACCCCCUGGCCCUUUGCGCCCUCUCCAUGCUCUGUCUCCUGCAGAUCUGGAGCAUCGUACGUUAUUGGCUCUUUCCCUCCAGAAACGUUGGCCACGAUUCACGCCCAGUGUUAUCGUGUCGAGCAGAAAACGAGAAACCGUAGACCAGAUCUUGCUUAUCUCUGGUGGAACGCAGGUCUUGACCGUUCACGGAAAUAAAGUAGUUUACUGGCUCAUCUCUGGGCAGCCAGGGGCCACGCACGAGCUUCAAAAGGCUGGAGAGUGGUCAUCACCGAGUGAUGAUGCUUGCGUAGUCGUGAAGGACACAGAGGGCCAGGGAAUCAUUGCCGUCGGUUGCAAAGACCAGCCAAAUAAACAUGCUGCUGUAUUCUCACUCGCCUUGAAACCAGCCCUCAGCAAGCUGUGCGACUAUUCCCUCAUCCCUGGCACUAUCGCAGGGAUAUCGCGGCACCUCCUUUUCCUAGAUACCACGUCAGAGCUGGAUGGUGGCGGUCUUGAGCUCCUGGAUUGGCAUGCUCAGACGGAAGGCACUGCCCUGCUCCCGCGUCUACCCGAUCUGGUGAGUGAGCCAAGUGCGCUUCAAAUAACGGUUCCCGUGUAAUUUUGUUGCAGUUCGGCGCAUUUCUAGACUUUG